AUGAGACGGAGUAGUGAAGUAGAAAGGGCCCAACCCAAGGACACCAUUUUCUACAGCAUGCAUCAGAGAAAUGGCCGAAAAGAAUAUGCGAGUGAGGACAGCAUCAACGCCAACUGGGCCAAGCUGGUGAAAAAAAAGAGGGGAAAAUUUGAGCAGACAGAAGAAGGCGAAGGAGGAGAAUCGAGUUUACCUGAGAGGUACCGGUAA